AUGGAUCCAAUAGCGAAUUUUGCCUUCGAGUUUGCAUACGAACACCUGCUGACUGAAAUUCUUACUACAUAUUUCCUCGGUAUGUACACAAUUUGCAGAGUACUACAGCGCACAGAAUUACCAACAAACACAACUGCAAACAUUCGAACAUCGAUACCCUCGGUUGUAGUUGCCGAUAAGCACACAUUUUGGUUGGAAAUCCCACUGAAACCGGCCAUCGAGCUAGGCUGUACUAUGUUUCUCGUAGAGGAAAAUGCGACCAUCAAUUUUCUGAAUAAAUACAUCAAGACGCACGAUGAGUGUAUGUUUCGUCGGCCUGAAAAACAUGUCAUCUUUGCCCUGCACUCCGCUGACAACGAAGGAUUGCUCAAACGUAUACAGAAUCAUGCAACCCUUCAGGAGAUACCAAAUCUACUAAUGAUUGUUCCUCGCAAUGACACUCUGAAGUUGAUGACCCAUCGCUAUGUGGGUAACCCACCCGAAGCGUUGGAUCUGCUCGAGUUGGACACGUAUAUCCCAUCAAAUAAAAGUUUUUUGUUGAAGAACAACCUUUUUCCAAACAAACUCGCUAAUCUCAUGGGGAGAACUUAUAAACUAGCGUCGUUCCACUUGCUACCGUGGAUAAUGAUGCGUCGUCAAGAAGACGGUCUUGUACGCUAUUUGAACGCCCAGCACACCAUAGAUGGGCUAGACGGAUACGUUCUGGUGCAAUUUUGUAUAUGGUAUAACUGCACCUGGGAUCUUUCCAUUGAUCAAGAUAAACAAUACGGACAGGUUUUCGAUAACAACCGUACCGGUAAUGGGAUGACCGGUGCACUUUUCUAUCGUAAAGCUGACUUUGCACUAGCCGCAGUCGGUGGAUGGUUUCAGCUGUUCAGUUAUUUCAGUUUCUCCAUUCCAAUUCAAUGGAUUGGAAUCACUUGUCUCGCCCCUCGUCCAACAUUAGUACCAUCGUGGAAAAUCAUUUUCAUGAUGUUUACGAAAACCGUGUGGGGUGUGGUUGUGGUUACAUUUAUUCUGAUUUCCAUCAUUGAAAACGUUUGGCCUAAAAAGCUCGGUUCACCAUUCUCGCACCGUAAAGGUUUGUCCUGGAGCUUCUUGAAUGUACUAGCGUCCUUCCUGCUGCUGCCAGCCUAUCUGCGAAGAGGACGACCUUCUGAAGUCAUUAUGUCGUUGGCGUUGGUAUCGGGGACUUUCCUUAUUGGAUACGUUUACAUAGGAAAGAUUCACAGUAUACUCGCGGUGCCAGUUUUUCAACCGCCCAUUGACACGGUAAUCGAUCUGGCUGAGAGCGGUCUUACCUGGAAUGCUCCUCACGAAGUUUGGAUGUACCUACUGAGAGGGAGCGAAAAUCCGUACAUCCUCAAGUUACUGCAAAGAUUUCAUGUUGCACCGAUUCCAAAUCUACAUGCAACUGCGGACACCGGUAAGGAACCACUGGUUAUGGCGUCGCUUCAUAACGGCCAUUCCAUGAUUGGACCAUGGUUCACUGCGGACAACAUUGAAAACUACCGUCGUAUGACUGAGUUUCUCUAUUACGAAUAUGAUACCGGCUAUGCGACUAAAACUUGGCCACUGUUGGACAAUUUCGAUUAUCUGGCGAUGUGGAUUCGGGACGCUUGCCUGUUUCAGUACGUUGAACUGAUGGAGGUGUUUCGCUAUAUGGAUUAUCGGGUGCAGAUAUCGAUCGAACAUUCCCGGGACAAGCAAAAAAAUGAACUGAAACCAUUUGGGGUGGACGAAGUAGCUGGCGGGCUGCUGAUUCUGGGGUUCGGAUAUUCGGUCGCGGUUGGAAUCUUUAUUUUCGAGUUUAUUACCAAAGCUAUUGAACGUAAAAGGCUCGCUAGGCGGCUGGCCGCUAGAUGGAAAUUUAGAGCCUUUGCGGUGCAACAUAAUGUUCCAAAAUCGACAGCCGAUUAUGCAGCUGCAUGGAAAUGA